ACCAAGUGAGUAACAAAAAUGCGGUAUAAGGUCUUUGGAUAUUAUACUUAUUAUAGCCCCGAAAUACGUUUUGUGAUUAUACAAUAAUAUUACACAAGAUUAUGUGAUCCGGUCUCCGAGAUGUAUGUAAAAACCGCAUGCUGAUUGGCGAUCCCAGAAUUAUUGAAGUCCGACGUCUACUCUAAUUUUUAUACUUCGAGAUCUGAAACUUUAUUCUUUGAAAAUAAUAAUUUAGUUUUACCUUAUAAUUACAUAAUAAUUUUGCGACCAAAAUGACUUCAAUUAUAAAUUAUCCAUUCCGCGUGUGUAGAUCUAUCUUGAGUAGUUCUUUGGCAACUGAAUGUCGGAUAAAUAGUGCUAUAGGCUAUAACAUUAUUCAUCGUAAAGUAUCAGAUGCUGCAGCUGAUAAUGCUAAAGAACCUCUAAAAGAAAGUAAAGAAAAAAUUGAUAUCGAAGCCCUUGUAAAACAAAAUGAAGAUUUACUUGAAGAAAAUAAAAAUUUAACAGAUAAAGUAAGAAGAUAUUUAGCAGAGACAGAAAACAUACGUAAACGUACAAUUAAAGAAACGGCUGAUGCUAAAAUUUAUGCAAUUCAAGGAUUUUGUAAAGAUUUACUUGAUGUUGCAGACAGUUUAAGUAAAGCUACUGAGUGUGUACCUAAAGAAGAAGUGAGUGAUAGUAAUCCACAUUUGAAGCAUUUAUAUGAAGGCUUGGUGACUACCGAAUCACAAUUACAAACAAUUUUCCAGAGACAUGGGUUAAUGUCAAUAAAUCCUUUAAACGAAAAAUUUGAUCCCAAUUCGCACAAAGCUUUAUUUGAACAGGUAGUUGAAGGUAAAGAAGGAGGUAUAGUCGUUGUAGUUUCUCAAAUUGGAUAUAAAUUACAUGACCGUAUCGUUCGAGCAGCUGCUGUUGGAAUCAGCAAGGAUCCAAAUCAAUAAAAAUCUGUAGUUUUAAAAUUUAAUUAUUUGUUGUGAAAAUCAUUUAGAAUUAAAAUUGAUACAUAGCCCACAGUAAAUUAAUAAAUAAUAUGUGAUAUAUUUUUCCAAACAA